ACUCACUCACAUUUGGCAACUUAAACAAGUAAGAAAUGGCCCACUUCGUUUGGUUGCUGUUCCUUUUCCUUUCUUCUGCUACUGCUUGUGAUCAAUGCGUUCACCAAUCCAAGGCUUCUUUCGUCACUUCAGUCUCUGCAAUUACAUCCGGAGCUUGUGGAUACGGUUCCUCCGCAAUAAGCCUCAGUGGUGAAAACCUUGCAGCUGGUGUUUCUUCCCUUUACAAGGGAGGAGCUGGUUGUGGUGCUGGCUUUCGGGUCAUUUGUAUUACCACAUUUUGA